AUGAAACAGAUUGAUAAGUGGUGGUACGACUUACGUCAAGGGAAGUUUCCGCUGGUGCAAGCUGAUGCAGACUUCGUCGACGAUUCGGGCCCCGAUCGGGUUGGCGCUAGUGGUGGCGGGGGCAAACGUAUUAGCAGUGAUAGCCACGGAGGCGGUGGAGGUAGCCCAGGAACGGGGGGUACGAAUGCUCGUCCUAGUGCUUCUGGUGGAGAGGAUGCAGCUCACGAAAAAGGACCAGAUGAUGACGAAGACGAACCCCCAACACAAGUGACAGCCUCCGCCCAGGAAUCGGUGCAGCCAGGCAAAGGCUCAAAGGUUCGACUGACAAACAAGAGGCGUGUCGGUCGACCACGGUUGAAUCGUGCUCAGAUGAGAGAGAAGGCAGCAUUGGCGCUGAAAGAAUACAACAAUGGAAUGAAACUCAGAGCUCUACUACGCGAUAAGGACGUGACGGAAGUGGCAGCAACGCUGGAAUUGAUUAAGCCAGGUGUCCGCGAGCUCAGCUCGUUUUUGACUACGCAUGAAACAAAGAAGAAAGGUGACGGAAAAUCAAUCCAGUGGAUGUCGGACACGGAAUAUAUUUGUGAGGUUGUGCGCUUCCGACUACCGGAGUCCGUCGUUGAAGACGCUCCAGCUAAACUGAGACGUGGUUUGGCAAAAGGGGAGGAGAUUGAGCUGGACAGUGAUGGAGGGGUGACACGCGAAACGGAAGGUUACGUGGCCGCCAUUGAGAAAAACAACGUGACGGUGAUGGUUCCUCCUCUUAAGAAGGGUAAGAUGGGGAAGCACAUACUCGCACCAACGUCGCUGGACGAGGUUGCUAGUGGUAUUGAGGCGCAUGCUUUUGUAUUUAUGCCGGUCAAUUUUGGUGGAGUUCAUUGGGGAUGCAUCGUAGUGGACCGUGAAGCGCGGCUAGUGAAGACGUAUGACACAUGGGAUGAAGCUUACAGCGACAUCGAAGUGACGGAGCCGAAGCAAACAGAUAGCGAUAGCUGCGGGGUGUUUGCGUACCGUCUAUUGUGGACGUGCGUUGAAAGCGAAGUACCAAGUGAUGUGUCUCCCAGUGGCGUCACCAAGCUGCGUUGGGCAAUGCUGCACAAGAUCACCACGAUGAAGCGUAGCUAG